AUCUGUCGAGUGUUAAUUGACUGUGUCUUUUUGUUUAGCUGACAGGGCCAUGGGUAGAGCUCCAUGUUGCGACAAAGCAAACGUGAAGAGACGGCCUUGGAUUCCUGAAGAAGACGCCGCUCUCAAAACCUAUGUUCAGACCCAUGGCACUGGUGGCAACUGGAUCGCUUUGCCCCUUAAAGCUGGCCCAAAGAGAUGCGGCUAGAGCUGCCGGUUGCGAUAGCUUAAUUAUCUCAGACCAGACAUCAAAUAUGGAGGGUUUACCGAGGAGGAAGACGACAUUAUAUGCAGUCUCUAUACUCAAAUGGGAAGCAGGCAAGUUGUUAUCUUGUUCUUGUCUUUGUUUUGUUCCGGAUGGUCACUAAAAAAAAUCAUAGCAUCUCAACUCCCUGGAAGAACCGACAACGAUGUGAAGAACUGCUGGAACACCAAGUUGAAGAAGAAGCUACUCGCCGGAAAAUCGACAAGCUUUAAUAUCGACAACAAUGGCGGUUUCAGUUUCACCAAUGCUGCUGAUGUUGGCUAUGGGUUCUCUGUCAGCAGUACCUCUCAAAGCUUGCCUUUGGACCCGGUCAUGCAGUUUAAUUCUCACCCGUCAUGUUCGAAUCUGGACAACAGUCACAACAGCAACGUCAUUGUCGUCUCAUCCCUAGAAGGAUCCGCCGGUAAUGGAUAUGUUGAAGAUUCGGGCAGUGUUCUGGUCGAUGCUCAUCAUCAUGAACAACAACAACAGUUUAGCUACGAGUUCCCUUAUGAAUUCAUCAAUGGCGGCGAGAUUGGUGUCCCGAGUUUAGCUGAUUUCUCGUGCUGA